CAUUCGACAAUGACUGGGGGAGGAGGGAACACGGCAUCGUCUCCGAUGCCGACCGCAACGGGACCACCUCGGCAGAGGUGACAUUGAAGCAUCGUUUCUCUCGUUGUCGUACGACGAUGAACCCUAAAUCGAUUGUCUAGAAACCACGUCUGGCGUUCCGACUUACUUUGGGUUUUGCGCAUUUCUGCCGUUAACUGUUUCGAUGAUAAACCGAUUACGCGAAACUUUUGGUACGGCGUGAAUUAAGGGGGAGCACUUGUUUUUUCAACAGGGGAAGACCCAAAACGGGUGUCUUGACCAUGGGCUUGGCUUUUGUUUGGAUUUGAACAGUUGAAACUUGCGAUCUUGAUGAUGGCUGUGAUGGGGGCCGACCCACGAUGAAGGUAAAUGGGUAGCCCGUGGUCAGAUUGCGGAUUCUCCAGGUCGAUGGGUCGAGCGCACACCAAGUGCUCGACCAUAUGCCGGUGAGAAGCUGUCUGCUCGUGAGGACGGAAUCAUAGACGAUGGCUUCGCCUCCUUUUUUGUCUCGUCUUUUAUCAUUCGUCUCCUCGUCGAAGUGCGCUGCAAAUGCUAAUCUAUCUAGGGUUCUGUUUUUGGGUGCUACUCGAGGCGAGUGUAGAUAUGCCGUCCGUUGGGCUCAUGCCGUCACGGAAGCUCAUGAUUGUGAGGGAUUUAAGGGAUACCCAGGUGAACGUUCGGCUACGUUUAUCCAGAAUAUGCUAAGAAAUCUGAGGGGCAGCUCAAGCGAAGAGACCGAGAAAGCGCUCGAUCAAUGCGGUUUCACUUUGAAUGAUGAUUUAGUCACGGAUGUAAUAAGCCGGCACGUUUCGGAUUGGAGACCUGCUUACGUAUUCUUCAACUGGGUCUCUAGAAAGAAUGGCUAUUUACCUGGAUCUGCUGUUUAUAACGAGAUUCUUGAUGUUUUGGGCAAGAUGAAUCGAUUUGGAGAAGUAACGCAGGUGCUCGAGGAAAUGUCGAAAAGAAAGGGUCUCUUUGAUGAGAGGACAUAUGGGGUCUUACUGAAUAGAUAUGCAGCUGCACAUAAGGUUGAUGAAGCAAUCGACAUCUUCCAUGGCAGGAGAGAUUUCGGACUUGAGACCGACUUGGUGGCGUUUCAGGCUCUUUUGUUGUGGUUAUGCCGUUAUAAGCAUGUAGAGUCAGCAGAAACUCUGUUCUACUCAGUGAAAAAUGAGUUUGGCACUGAUAUAAGGACGAUGAACAUCAUCCUCAAUGGAUGGUGCGUUUUAGGAGAUGUUCGUGAGGCCAAGAGGUUUUGGAAGGACAUAAUUGCAUCUAAAUGCACCCCGGACAGGUUCACUUAUGGAAUAUUCAUCAAGGCGCUGACCAAGAAGGGAAAGUUGGGUUCGGCCAUGAGAUUGUUUCGAGGAAUGUGGCAAAAGGGAUUGGGUCCUGAUGUGGUGAUCUGCAACUGUGUCAUCGAUGCACUUUGUUUCAAGAAGAGGAUUCCUGAAGCGCUGGAAGUUUUUCAUGAAAUGAAGGAUCGAGGGUGUCUGCCUAAUGCCGCGACGUACAACUCGCUCAUCAAGCACAUGUGCAAGAUUGGGAGGAUGGAGAAGGUCAAGGAGCUCGUGAGCGAGAUGGAAUCGAUUGGGGGAGAUUGUUUGCCAAAUGCCAUCACUUUCAGUUACUUGCUCAAGAGCCUAAAGAAACCAGAAGAAGUCCCUAAGCUAUUAGAGCAGAUGGAGAAAAAUGGGUGCAAGAUGACUAGCGACUUGUACAAUUUGGUUUUGAGGCUGUAUUUGGGCUGGGAUUGUCAGGAAAGAGUAGGAAAUACAUGGAAUGAUAUGGAGAUAAGUGGAUUAGGACCUGACCAACGAUCAUACACCAUAAUGAUUCACACACUUCAUGAGCGAGGUAGAUUGAAGGAAGCACUGCAUUAUUUCGAGGAGAUGGUUUCCAAGGGAAUGAGGCCUGAACCAAGGACUGAAAUACUGGUCAAUGACAUGAACUCUAAUGUUAUGGAAGAAGAAGGUGAUCACAGGAGACAGAGAACCCUCAACGGCGAUGAAUCAGCGCAGCAUCCACGAAGGAGGAAAGGAAAGGGUUACUCAAGGAGUGCCUUGAAGACAAAGUCUGUCAUAGGUGCAUCUUUGUCGCACGUAAAUAUCAUGAUUGACGACCAUGUCAGAAUACAUGUACUUGGAUGAACUGUCAUUGCUGAAAGCAAGAAAAAUAUUCGCAUCCAACUCUCUAAUUGGCAAAUAGCUUGAUGUUCUUGUAUCAUUCAGUCAUACCUCAAUAUUUGCUUUCAUAGAAGUUGCUUUCCUUA